UCAACAUGCACGAGUCCGGACACAUUAUGCGUGACCGCCUCCUGUCCUGACAGCCCUGCAGACGGCGCGGUUUUGCACCGUGACGGAGACGUCCGCUGUCCCCGGUACCGAGGUGCUCAUCCGACCUGCCGGCUCUCCGCUGGGUCGCUCUGAAGCCAGACCACCAAAUCCAUCUUAAGACUCUCUGUGACAAACCAGUCGCCUUUGAUUGACGUGCGAGCCAGAGGGAGGCUGAGGCUCUUCCUCUUUGGAAUUUAUGAGAUCACCUUUACGGUUCACCUUGGAAUUAAAAAAACGCGCAAAAGGUAAGACAGAUGUUUUCGGGAGGUCAGUGAGACACAGAAGCCACUACUACGGUGCGUUUGUGUUGAUUUUGCAUGCGAAAUUGUGUUUUUUUGUGUGUUUUUAGGCUUGGACCUUGUAGAUGAGGUCAUUGAGACGUGCAGGCUCAUGUACUAUGAAAUCAAUGAUUGGGUGGGAAAUUAAAAAGGGCGCACUUUUCUCUGUUAGGCUAUUUAAGCUCUGAAAGUUUCUUUCUUUACUUUUGAAGUGAAUACAAUACAGACUUUUCUGGACAUCUUCACUUCAGAGCUUUGUUUUUUUUUGGUUACUAUUGUGCUGACAUGAAAGAGAUCCUAAUGUGCAUGUCAUGAAUGAUUGAAUGAGGUGUCUAAUUUCUGUGUGGGAGGGCACGUAAACAAAAUGGAGGGAGGCCCUAUUCCUCCUCGUGACCUACAGUAUCUGUUGACAUUGUGUGAUGUGCUCCAUCAUCUUCAUCAGCUGCUUGUUAAAUCGUGAGCUGUAAAGUGCUUUACAGCGUGACACUAUCCCAUAAUGAACACUAACUGUAUUCUCUUUUGCUUUGUAAGAGGGUCAGAGGCUAAUUAACGUUGCUAGGCAACAAGGGUAUGAUCCAGGAAAGGAGGCCCAAAGUUAGUUCCUUAGCACACUGCUGGGAAAUUAAAAAGUCAAAGAGCUGUAAUAUGCAAAUGUUAUAUGAUUUUUUUUUAAAUUCCAUUUUAUGUUGCUGUAUAGGCCUACUUCUUAAUUGUCAAAUGCUGGAGCACAUAUUUUAAUAGUUUUCAGACAGUGUCAUCCUCAGUUUUGUAUUAUUCAUAAAACGAACUAAUAAAUGACGUAGUGUUAUAAAGAUAUGAAUUAGAGUUAACCCCACAAAUACGUCAGCAUCUGUGUAACACAUGAGCGCAUUAGAGGUUUUAUUUCAGUUCAUUUAUGCUUGAGAUAUUUAAUCAUCAAUAGGCCCUUGUGAAAAAUUGAUACAUAAUUGAAUGUCAUACAAUUCUGAAAGAAAAAAAUGUGGAAUCAGGACUUUAACUUGAUCGUGUUUAUUUACACUGUGGUACUUACAUAAGUAAAAGAUCUGAGUUCUUGUGCUAGUUGUUCCAUGCUCGUGAUAUUGUCCUCAGUAAUUGCAGGAGCUCUGUGUUGCACCCUAUUGCACCAAAGGUCAGUAUAAUGUGACCGAUGCUGAGGCUCUGCGACCUUAGCGAGGGCAAGUUCAAAACAAGGUUGAUGGAUAGCAUGCAGCAGAGACAAAUCAGCGCGGACCCCUGUGGGCCACAAGUGCAAGCCGGCCCCUGCACGCUGAUCGCUCCCAGUCCAAGUUUACCUCCACAGUUCACAUUCGGCCCGCCUGAGGUGCUCAAGAAGCAGGCUGGAUUGAGCCCUUUACAGGUUGCAGUUGUGCCCAUAAAACCGAUAGACCAAAUGCAGUCCGGACAGGAAAGAUCUGGGUCUAGUCCAGUGCCACUGUCAAGCAUAAGCCGCCCUAGACCGACUGCCCUUGGAACUAAACCAGCCCCUAAGACGCCAUCGUCGGACACCUCCAGGGAAAUAGAUUUGAUCCCAGUUUGUAUCCCAGGACCUCGGAACGCUAACUUCCUGCAGCAUUCCCCGACAGAGUCCUCUUUACCUGUUCACAGUCCUCAAAGUCCCCACAGCCCGCAGUCUUACAGCAGCCAGCCUUACCUGGCCCCUAACCCCAGCCCCACCUCAAACCUCAGCCCCAAAUCCGGCUUCAGCCCUCAGCAGCAGAGGGCGGCUUCACCUGGGAGCUCCACACAGAGCCAAGUGCAGGCGGAGAAGUCCGGAGGAGAGAACAAGGACUUCAGGGUGUACAUCAUCACAUGGAACGUCGGAUCUGCUGUCCCACCAGAUGACAUCACCCCUCUGUUUGGACCAAAUGUUUCAGAUGGCAGCGUUGACAUGUUCAUCAUCGGACUCCAAGAAGUCAACUCCAUGAUAAACAAGCGGCUGAAGGAUGUUCUUUUCUCUGACCAGUGGAGUGAGCGUUGCAUGGACACACUCAGUCCUUUUGGAUACGUUCUGGUGGCGUCUCAGCGUAUGCAGGGAGUGCUGUUGCUGGUUUUCUCUAAAUUCUGCCAUCUUCCAUUCCUCCGAGGCGUGCAGACACAGAGCACACGCACAGGACUCGGGGGAUACUGGGGGAAUAAAGGUGGCGUCAGUGCCAGGAUGACGAUGUUUGGCCACCCGGUGUGCUUCCUCAACUGUCACCUGCCGGCUCACAUGAGGAACCUGGAGCAGCGGAUGGAGGACUUUGAAAGCAUCCUGCAGCAGCAGCAGUUUGAAGGAGGGUUGGCCACGGGUGUACUGGACCACGAUGUUGUGUUUUGGUUUGGUGAUCUAAAUUUCCGUAUUGAAGACUACGACAUCCAUGUGGUGAAAUGUGCCAUCGACAGCAAUAAGCUGCCUCUUCUGUUGGAGCGAGAUCAGCUCAACAUGGCUAAAAACACAGAGUCCAUCCUGGAGGGCUUCUUAGAGGGGUCACUCAAAUUCCCACCUACAUAUAAGUUUGAUGUGGGCACUCACACAUACGACACCAGCGCUAAAAAGAGGAAACCAGCCUGGACAGAUCGAAUCCUCUGGCGCCUCCGUCGCACUGGCUCCCCAGUUCCUACCCACAAUGCAGCACUACAGCGAGGUUUGACCUCCUGGUUAGGCGGGGCAACCAAAGUGACACAUCAUGUGUACCGAAGUCACAUGGGCUUCACCAUCAGUGACCACAAACCUGUUUCUGCGACGUUUUCUCUCCACUUCCCGUUCAAGGUGGAGGUACCCCUGGUGGAGCUGCAGGUCAGCAAGGACUGGAGUAGAGUCUCAGAUGCCACAGUCAGAUUCACUGUUGCAUCAACCUAUCAGCGCAGCUCAUGGGACUGGGUGGCAAUAUACAAGGUGGGAUUCAGACAUCACAAAGACUAUCAGGCAUACAUAUGGGUCAAAGGAGAGCAUACAACUCAGGUGACAUUUUCAGAGGAGGAUUUACCGAGAGAUGACUGUGAAUACAUGCUGGGUUACUAUAGUAACAACAUGAACAGUAUCGUUGGAUUGUCAACAUCAAUUCAGAUCAAGAUCCCGAUCCACAGCCCCACCAGUCGUCGCUCUGACAGCUCAGAUGUCAGCUCAGAAGACGACAGCACUCUGGUCCUUCUGGUUCCGUGCUCCCGCAGUCCUAGCCCAAAAAACGGCAAACACCACCAUCGCCACCGUCGCAGUCGCAGCCCCGCUGUUCCAGCUCUCUCCUCCAACCCCCUCCCCUCCCUGCAGGGCCUCAGCCUCCACCCUCGCUGCAAAGAAGGACAGACCCACAGCCGCUCGCCAUGCUCUGUUGCUAAGAAGGAGCGGCUGGUCUCCCCCGAUACUGUACAGUCUCCUACCAUCAGUCCGCUCAGCCCCCGCAGCCCUGUGUCUCCAGGAGGUGGGGUGACUGCACCGGAGGCCCUCAUCGCGGCCAUCAUAGGUGAACACAGACCAGCUCAGGUUAGCCCCACUGGGGUCAAACAGAUAGGGAAAGCAGGAGAAACAGACAAUGCAUAGAAUAUCAGUAACUAAAGUGGAAUUACAGUAUUUUUAAACAUAAGCCCUAUUUUUACAGAUUUUGAGGUGUUAAUGACGAAAAGUUUAUACAAUUUUUUGGACUGCUUUAGAAGAUUGCUUCAGCCAGCAGCCUUGAAUCAGGCCUUAAUGGCUGAAACGUAUUCCUUUGGGGCACAUACCCCAAUCGAAGUGUGUCAACAAAAAGUGUUUUAUUUACCACUGAGAUGCAAAGAUUGUUGUUGUAUGUGUCUUACAACAUCCCAGAAAGCAUCCCUACAGAGUUGAACCUUUUGUCAAAGCUCAAGAUGCCUUUUUUCAAACAGGAAACAGCCGCUAUAUCGCUCUCUUCAGAGCCUCCGGACUCAGUUAACUAACAAAUCAUUUUAUUUGGCAGAAAGUUAGACCUCCUAGUUUACUAUUUAAAUAACCCAAAGUCCCACAAAAACAAACUAAUCAAACAAGGCAUCAGAAGACCAGCAACCACCGUGUUCUGCAAGCUAGAAGCACUGUGGUCUGGUGGCUUACAAAGCUUUUUAACAGCUGUUCUUGAUCUUGAAAAGUAUUUUCUUAUACUGUCACAUAAUGGUUUGUCUCUGUAGGGAUGCUCUCUGUAAUGUAGUCAGACAUUAUGAGCCUUUCUAUGGUAAAAAAAAAAGUGGAUCUUUGUAGAUUUUGCGCAUUUCCCCAAAAGAUUCUGUAGCAGCCAUUAGAGCCUGUUCUCUGUCUGCUAGAUGAUGCAAUUUAAGGCAUUGAAAAUUUUUCGUUUUUAUUUGUCAUGGAGUCUGCAAAAUAUGGAAAAAUAGGAACCAGGUUUAAAAAAAAAAAAGAAGAAAAAAAGAGGUGGUGAACAAGGAGAACAACUGCAAUAUCCAUGCAUUAGGAUUCUGAUCUGAUCCCACGGAGUCGGUGUGCUCGUAGAAACAGCGCAUUUAAAGACUUCUAAUGUAGUUUGCAAACAUUCCGCGUUGUAGCCCUGCAGUUCUCUGUUUCCGAAUCUCCCAUCUUCACAAUCUCAUACACUGUGUGUAUCAGGGAGUCACAGAUGUGUCCAGACUCCCGAUGAAGUGCUUUUAUAGACUCAUAAGCUACAUCAUACGUAAACAAACAUAUUGAAUGUGAAACCAAAGUCAGAGUAAACCUGUGAUGGAUAUGUGGUCAGUUUUUAUUGUCAGCAAUAAGGAUCCUUGUGAACAGUCUCAUAUUAAAAUAAGGACCCUGGAUCAUGUGUGUGUGUGUGCGUGUGUGUGUGUGUGCGUGCGCGUGCGUGCGUGCGCGUGUGUGUGUGCGUGUGUGUGUGCGUGUGUGCGUGUGUGCGUGCGUGCGCGUGUUUAUGUAGGCCUCUGUGUUACGACAUAAAUGUGUGAAACAUGCAUUUACUAGAUGAUGGUUUUAAAAAUGUUCCCUCUAUAGUUCUUGGUCUGUAUUCAUAAAAUGAAUAAAUAAAGUGUCCAAGAAGAGAGAUAGAGCAUUUCUACGUAUCUGCCAAUCUAAAAUGUACGUAUGAUCAUGUGACUUGAAUAGUAAUCUUAGAUUAAUGCUCUUGUUCUUAGCAGCUUUGUGAAUACAGUCCCUGUUCUAUAGAGUUUUAUGAAAGGAUGUUUAGGCUAAUGUGGUUAUUUUGCUUAAGGAAACAGUGUCAUGUAACUGUGUGAGUGUGCUAAUAAAACAAGAACAAACUUA